AUGAAUACUGUCUCCGAAAGCAUUCCCGCUCUAUUAAAGUUCUUCAAGCUGACUAGGAUCCUGAACGACGAACCUGAAAAAUGCCGUCUUACUCUCCUUGGAACUCUUCCAGGUUCAUGGGCCGAUAAGACCACCAUUUUGAACUCAGAUGAACGUCUGCAAGCCAUCGUUCGACUAGAAAAAACAGCGUUCGUAACAGGAUGUGCCGAAGAACUUUUCCACCCAGAUGAUGCCGUCGCUCUGAUAUCUGGAACAAGACUCCUAGGGUCAACGGAUAUCUACUCUUGGCUUUCAGGAUGGAUGUCGCCAACUGUUUCAAUGCAAAAACAACACGGGGACGUAAAGAUCAAUAUCGUCUGUCCAGCGACUGAAGUACACGUCAAGAAGUACUCGAAACAACUGUCUAUUCUUGUCCAGGAAACGCCAGCCCUAUACCAACACAUUGUUGAACCAUUCAUCUCCAGGUUUCCUGCUGCACGUACACAAUGGGUGACCGAAAUCCUUGAAGGUCGUGCUGAACAGGACAAAAUCCUUUUUGCCUCCGAAGAGGUCAUCAUCCUUCCCGACAUGAAGUGGGAUCUACAUACCAUCGGUAGCCUUUACCUCGUUGCGAUCGUCCGCGAUCCCCGAUUACGGAGCCUUCGGGACUUGCGUGGAGAGCACGUUCAACUUUUGAAGAAUAUCCGAGAUGAAGCCUACAAAGUUACAGGUGAUCGAUGGGCGAUAGGCAAGGGCGGCUUGCGGUUGUUCAUACACUAUCAACCAAGUUAUUAUCGUUUUCACGUUCAUAUAGUUAAUGGCAACUAUGAUUCUGGUGUUGGGAUGAUCGUGGGUCAAGCGCACCUGCUGGAGGAUGUUAUAUCAUUACUCGAAAUCAACAGUAGCAUCUUUGAGGUCGUAACACUGACAUAUGGAUUGGGAGAACAACACGGUUUGUACGGGUCUAUGAAAGCCGCACAAGCCCUAGUCUAA